AUGGAUACAGUCAUGGACUGCCUCCCUGCGAGGAUGAGCGAAUUUCUCAUGGAGAACUUUGUCAUCGUUGAGGUUGUCGCUAUGUUCUCAAUAGGCGCAUACAAUGCCCUUGAAGUUGGCUUCUGUACAUUCAACAACUUCACACACUACCGUGGCCUAUACUUCUGGAGCAUGCAAGUGGCGUCGUGGGGCAUUCUGCUCCAUGCAAUUCCUGCCCAAAUCCGCUACAUGAGCGCCGCACCCAACCUGAAUACAUCUAUCCCUUUCCUAAUCGGCUGGUAUGCCAUGGUCACUGGACAAGCAGUAGUCUUAUACUCCCGCCUCCAUCUCGUCGUCACCAACAUGAGCUGUCUUCGCUGGAUUCUAUGGAUGAUAAUCGCCAACGUUUUCAUGCUCCACGUCCCCAUGACAGUCUUCUUCCUAGGCGUCGAUUUCGGCGACACCCGCUUCACCCGUGGCGCAUAUGUCUUCGACCGAAUCCAGGUAGUGGGAUUUUGUAUGCAAGAUUUCAUUAUCUGCGGAGUGUACAUCUACGAAGCACUCCGCGCCCUCCAACCCGUUAUAGAGGCCCGCGGCCGCGAAGGCCGAAAUGUCAUCUUGCACCUUAUAUUAGUCAAUCUCAUCGUCAUAGGCUUGAACAUAUUCCUCUUGGUCGCAGAAUUCGAUAUGCAUUGGCUUGAGGUCAGCUUCAAGACGGUGGUAUACAGCAUCAAAUUGAAACUCGAAUUAUGCGUCCUUGAUCGUCUACGCUCGUUAACUCGCACAACUUCUUGCAUGUGCAACAACGGACCGGCUAGUGCACGUCGAUCAAGCGAUAUCAAUGUCUUCGACAUGCUAGUGGUACGAUCACGGGCUCGUCCUGAUGUCGAGGCGCCGUCUCAUCUCAUCGAUGUGGAUUUUUCAUCUCGUCGACCUUCCCUGCGCAAUAGCACGUAUGAGUUCCAUCAGGCAUUGCGCGAGACUGCGUCCAUUGAGAAUGUUAUUCCGCCUGUUCAUUCGUGUUGUAAUCCGGUAUCACCCACCGAGAAAACUUCUCGUCCGAGGGUUGGAUCGGCAGAAACGGGGUCUACUGAGGAGAUGGCUCUGGUGGAGUCGCUAAAGUAG